AUGGCCACAGAAUCAGGACUCCCGUCCGACUUCGAAUGGGGUUUCGCGACGGCCGCGUACCAGAUCGAGGGCGCCGUCGCCGAGGACGGUCGCGGCAAGUCCAUCUGGGACACCUUCUGCCACCUCGAGCCGUCGCGCACAAAGGGCGCCAACGGCGACGUUGCCUGCAACCACUACCACCGCUUCGAGGAGGACUUUGAGCUCCUCACGAGGUACGGCGCAAAGGCGUACCGCUUCUCCAUCUCGUGGUCGCGCGUCAUCCCCCUCGGCGGGCGGGACGACCCCGUUAACGAGGCGGGCAUCGACUUUUACAACCGCCUCAUCGAUGCGCUCCUCAAGAGGGGCAUCACGCCGUGGGUGACGCUGUACCACUGGGACCUGCCGCAGGGGCUCCAGGAUCGGUAUGGUGGAUGGCUCGACGUCGAGGAGUCGCAAAAGGACUUUGAGCGCUAUGCGCGUCUCUGCUAUGAGAGGUUCGGCGACAGGGUGAAGAACUGGAUCACACUCAAUGAGCCGUGGAUUCAGUCCAUCUUUGGCUACUCUACCGGCGGCAACGCCCCCGGGCGAAGCAGCACAAACGAGCAAUGCACCGAGGGCGACAGCACCACGGAGCCCUGGAUCGUCGGCAAGGCUCUCAUCAUGAGCCACGCGCGAGCCGUUGCCGCGUAUAACCAAGACUUCAGGGACACUCAGAAGGGCACAAUCGGCAUCUCUCUCAACGGCGACUUUUACGAGCCGUGGGAUGCCGAGGAUGAGCGCGACCACGCCGCUGCUGAGCGACGGAUGGAGUUUCACAUUGGCUGGUUUGCCAACCCAAUCUUCCUCAAGAAGGACUAUCCCGCGUGCAUGCGUGAGCAGCUCGGCUCCCGCCUGCCCGACUUCACAGCCGACGACUUCGCCGUGCUGCGCGCCGCAGACACCGACUUCUACGGCAUGAAUUACUACACGUCGCAGUUCGCGCGGCACCGCGACACGCCAGCCGCCGCGACCGACUACAUGGGCAACGUGGACGAGCUGCAGCAGGACAAGGCGGGCACGCCUGUCGGCGAGGAGAGUGGCCUGCACUGGCUGCGCUCAUGCCCCGGCAUGUUCCGCAAGCACCUGACGCGCGUGUACGGCCUCUACGGCAAGCCCAUCUACGUGACGGAGAAUGGCUGCCCCUGCCCCGGCGAGGACAAGAUGACGCGCGAUGAGGCUGUCGACGACCCGUUCAGGAUCCGCUACUUUGACACGCACCUCGAUGCGAUUUGCAAGUCCAUCAAGGAGGACGGCUCUGAUAUCAAGGGAUACUUUGCCUGGUCCUUGUUGGAUAACUUGGAGUGGUCAGACGGCUACGGACCGCGCUUCGGCGUCACAUUUACCGACUACAACACUUUGGAGCGGACGCCAAAGAAGUCUGCGCUGCUGCUGAAGAACAUGUUUGCGCAACGCCAGGGCAUCAAGGUAGCUGCGUGA